AUGCCGCUGCAGCUAGGUAUUGAGGACAGAGCAGGGACGCAAACUAGAGAGCGUGGUUAUCUCUUUUGGGACUUAGACGGAAAGUAUAAUGUCACGAAAACAUCUACGGAUGGAAACCGUUCUAGCCUUUUGUAA